AAUUAAUAAUGACUCAUAUGUAUCUUCAUUCUGAUCUUUUUUUGAAUAGCAAUUUAACUAAUUUACUUCCAAUAAUAUACAAUCCAGUUGGAGAACUUAACCAAGACAAGGAAUUGUGACUAUGGAACAGCAAGCGACAGCUCCGCCAGCGUAUGUACCACCACAUAUAGUUCCAGUUGCAACUGCACCAGCUGCAUACCCACCUACAGUUGCACCAGUCUCUUAUGCACCAGCUCCACAGCCCAUAAUUCAGCAGCAACCGGCCGCUGCUCCUACAAUUGUUAUCAACCAAUCUUCUUCGACAUCAAAUCAACAGCAGCAGCAACAACAACAGCAGCAGCAACAGACAGGCGGAAGGCUGUUACUUCGUAGGGGAAAAUGCCCCACGUGUGGAAUCGGAAAACUGAAAGGUCACUUCACUCCAUGUGGAAUAUGUUGCGCUGUGUUCUGGUUCCCAGUUGGCUUGAUUUGUUGCUACUUGUGGAGAAAAAAGAAAUGUAACAACUGUGGAGAUGUAUUUGGAUAAAAUUGGAUAAAAUUCAAAAAUGUUCAAACAAUAUUUUACACAGCAAUACUAACUUGAAUCUUUCUGUUUUUGUAUGUCAUCAUUUUAUCAACAUUGUAAAGAUUUAUGAUUGCAAGAUAUAGAUUUCUGAUUAUUUUGAUUUUAAAGUUGUUAAAUAUAUCAAUGGGUACGAUCGGGCAAAGUAUUCGCCACAAUAUUGGACACGAAAUGAACCUAUAGAUCGUUUUGGUAUUAUGUUGUUUAUGUUCUUGUUAGUAUAUUUCUUAUUGUUAUGAGAGAAAUCGCGUUACCUACUAGACCUAUUCAACUAAGUCUUUGAAAAUUUCAGCGGUUGGAGAUUGUAUUUUGCUAGAUGGCUAUUACUAUUAUUUAUUUCCGAAAAAUCUAUUUCGUUCUUGUGUGCGAUGAUGUCAUAAAAAUUGCGUUUUUUGAGGCGAUUCGCUUUCCCUUAAGUUGACGUCAGGUGGUCAGGCGAAAUCAUGAAAACUGUACUGGUACUGGUGUCUUCUGUGAUAAAUUGCAUACCCGCAGGGAUUAGAUUGCAAAGGGAUAUUUGAAAUACUGAGAAACAUCUGAUGGUGCCUUGUCACUUAUUUUUUUGUUUUUGUGUGUCCGUCAUGGAUGCAUGAAGCUCUGUCUAUUUUCUGAAUUUCUCUACUGUUCUUAUAGUUUGUACGUGGUACUUACUGAUGUCGAACCGGGGAGGUAAUUGAGCAUUAUAUUGAAGCUGUAAGUGAAAAAUGUAAUCUCACUGACUUUUAGUUAUCUGAUAUUUGAUAUCAGACUGUUGUUUAAUGUUUACCAGUCUUACAAAAUUCUAUAGCACCCUCAUGUGUUCGUUGUUUUGAUGAAUAUAAUUUAUAUAUGCAACACGGAUCGAGGGAUGUGUCCCUGACCAUUGAUUUUCUUGUUUAUAUCCGUAACAAUGACCAAUCAUCAACAAGUCAACAAUGACGUAACAAUUAGAAUUUUUGUUAAAUUUUGGCAAG